UUUAUUAAAAGACAGUUGAUCUUCAAAAGUUGUUUUCCUCUACUCCUUCCAGAUUUACCAGACGAUGAAGAAGGAGCUGGAGACGAAGCGGAACUAAUGGAAGUUGACGAUACUCCCCCACCGCCACCGCCACCACAACCUUCCACUAGUCGCCGAGCUUCAUCGCGCCAACAACGUGCCGCUGCGGCUGCAGCUGCCAGUGCCGUCGCAGCCUCCGUCUCCAUCGGUACCCCUAUUCUUGGUGGGGAGGAAGAGGAAGAGGUGGGUGGGGAUGCUAGUCCCGGCUCUGCUGCUUCGUCUUCUGUCGCUGCGGCGGGUACCCCUGCUUCCUCAUCUCAAAAAGCUACACCCGCACCACUAAGGAUUAAGAUUUCUAGCGGGAAGAAGAAAAAGAAGAGAAGUAGUGGCCGUGGAAGUCGAAGAGAUGGUUCAAGAGCAGGCGGUGGUGACACAAGUGACGAAGAAUUCGAACGCCAAUUGCAAGAGGCAGAAGCCCUUCAAGAGGAGGAGCAGAAGAGACGCCGCCAACAACGCAUAAAUUCUCGUCGAGCCACUUCGAAAGCGGGUGCCUCAGGUGGUGAAGCAUCCACCAUUCAUGUUUCCGCCUCCGCUCCCAAUCUUGUCCAUGGUGUGGGAAUCAAACGCAGUGUCAUCGCGCGGGUACCUCUCAUGGGUGGAAAUCGACAAUACGAAGAUGGCUAUGAAACCGACCAUCAAGACUUUUGUGAUGUGUGUCAACAAGGUGGAGAAAUCGUUCUCUGUGACACUUGUCCUCGUGCCUUCCACCUAGUCUGUCUCGACCCAGAAUUAGAUGAGCCUCCGAAGGGUGAUUGGUCUUGUCCACAAUGCGUGAAACAGGGUGUCACAGCAGCCUCCCAUCGUACCCAAGGUGGUGACGGUGAUGACCUUAUUUCCACAGCCAGUGAAGGUCCCGUCCAUGUCUCUCGCAAACCCGAAAUUGAAGGUGAGGAGUUUGAACGCGAUGAGCACCAGGAAUUCUGUACUGUAUGUCGAGAUGGCGGUGAGCUCAUCUGCUGUGAGAGGUGUCCUGCCUCCUAUCAUAUCCAGUGUCUGGAUCCCCCUCUCCCCAAAAUCCCUGAGGAUCCUUGGCUUUGUCCUCGUUGUGGCUGCAAGAAACCGAAAGGGAAAGUGGCUAAGAUUCUCUUUUGGCGAUGGAAGGAACCCUCCGUAAAGCUUACAAAUCCGGAAGAACCUAUUGUCAUUUCAGAAGAGAGCGAUAAAAUUGAAAAACAGCAUGGUCAGGUGGGAGACGAUACAUCAACCGUAGUGGUUCAUCCUCAACCAGCACCCGCACCCCAAAGACAGCCUAAACGAACACGGGAGUACUUUGUAAAAUUUGCAGAGAUGUCUUAUUGGGCCUGUGAGUGGGUCACAGAAUUACAGAUGGAUGUUUACCACAAUCUUAUGCUCAGAUUGUAUUUCAAGAAAUUCGAUAUGGAUGAACCACCACAGCCAGAAGAUGGUGCCUCCCAUAGAGGCCGUGCCCGUCUAAAGGGUUCAAGUGCGCUCAAUCUGGAAGAACGCUUCUACAAAUUCGGAGUUCGUCCUGAAUGGCUUCAACCUCAGCGUAUAAUUGACAGCCGAACAACCAGAGGGAAGGAGUGGUUCUUGGUGAAAUGGCGCGAUUUGCCCUACGUAGAAUGCACUUGGGAGGAUCCCGCUACGACAGAAGUCCCAGAUUUCGAACGCUAUGUAGACGAAUUUCGUCUAAUGCGGGGUCUAUUUAAAGGUGAGGCUGUCACCUCCACUUCGGGGAAGAAGAAGGGAAAGGAUUCUGCACAGGCUUUAUCUUCUGUUGGAAUGUCUGCCUCCAAGCGUUCCUCCUUCAACGCCAACUUGUUAUCAAAGAUUCCGCCGGAAAAACCUGCGACAGAUUUGAGGAAACAGUUGCCAAAGCAACCCGAGUAUCUUGAUGAAACCGGUCUUAUGCUGCAUCCUUACCAACUUGAGGGUUUGAAUUGGCUGAGAUUUUCAUAUGGCAAUAAGGUGGAUACUAUCUUGGCUGACGAAAUGGGUUUGGGAAAGACUAUCCAGACAAUCGCCUUCCUUUACUCCUUGUACAAAGAUGGUCAUAGCCGAGGUCCAUUCUUGGUAGCUGCUCCCCUCUCUACAAUUAUCAAUUGGGAACGCGAGUUCCAACUCUGGGCACCCGAUUUCUACGUUGUCGCCUACGUAGGGGACAAAGAGUCCCGAACAGUCAUUCGUGAACACGAAUUCACUUUUGAGGAGGGUGGUGUCCGUGGUGGUUCUCGCGCCGUGAGAAUGCGAUCUGGAGCCCAAGUUCGAUUCCACGUUCUCCUAACCUCAUACGAGAUGAUCUCCAUUGAUCAAGCCCUCUUAUCCUCUAUUGAUUGGGAGGUGUUAGUUGUAGACGAGGCCCACAGGCUGAAGAAUAAUCAGUCCAAGUUUUUCCGAAUGCUUACAACUUACAAGAUCGCGUACAAACUCUUGCUGACUGGCACUCCACUUCAGAAUAACCUUGAGGAGUUGUUCCACCUUCUUCAUUUCAUGUCUCCGGCGAAAUUUAACGACAUGCAGGGAUUCUUAGACGAAUUUGCGGAUAUUUCAAAGGAGGAUCAGGUGAAGAAGUUGCAUGAAAUGCUAGGCAAACAUUUGCUGAGGAGGCUGAAGGCGGAUGUGCUCAAAAAUAUGCCUUCGAAGGGGGAAUUUAUUGUGAGAGUGGAGUUGAGUCCUCUGCAAAAGAAAUUCUACAAGUUCAUUCUCACCAAGAACUUCGAUGCUCUGAGUUGUCGGGGAGGUGGGGCCCAACCUUCACUCAUCAACGUUAUGAUGGACCUCAAGAAGUGUUGUAAUCACCCUUACCUCUUCUCCGCGGCUUCUGAGGACGCACCACGAUUGCCGAAUGGUGCCUUCGAGAGCUCAGCUCUGCGUAAGGCCUGUGGGAAACUCGAACUUCUCUCCGCUAUGCUCAAAAAACUCAAAGUUGGUGGUCAUCGUGUCCUUAUCUUCUCUCAAAUGACCAAGAUGCUUGAUUUGCUUGAGGAUUUUAUGGAGGGUGAAGGCUAUAAAUACGAGAGAAUUGAUGGCAACGUCACGGGACAGUUGAGACAAGAUGCUAUCGAUAGAUUCAACGCUGUCGAAUCCACUUCAUUCGUAUUCCUUCUGUCGACAAGGGCUGGUGGUUUGGGUAUUAAUCUUGCCACAGCUGAUACAGUUAUUAUUUACGAUUCGGAUUGGAAUCCGCACAAUGAUAUACAGGCGUUCUCUCGAGCUCAUCGUAUUGGUCAAGCCAACAAAGUCAUGAUCUAUCGAUUUGUCACGAGGGCAACGGUGGAAGAGCGAGUGACGCAAGUGGCUAAAAAGAAGAUGAUGUUGACCCACCUUGUUGUGAGACCUGGACUCGGCGGAAAAGGGGGGAGUCAAAUGUCGAAGAAAGAGCUAGAUGAUAUUCUGAAGUUUGGUACUGAGGAUCUUUUCAAGCACGAGGAUAACGAUGCCUCGGACGAGCAUUGCAUCGUCUAUGACGACGCUGCUUUAGAUCGCCUUCUUGAUCGAAGUCAACAAGGUAUGGAAGAAAAGCAGAUGGAGAUGAACGAUUAUCUCUCUUCCUUCAAAGUGGCUCAUUAUGAAAAACGAGGAAUUCAAGACGGAGAUAGUGAUGCUGGCGAUGAAGAUGAUCCCAACGUGGAAGUGAUUAAACAAGAGCUCGAUACGAAUGACCCUGCCUACUGGGAGAAACUUCUGCGUCACCACUUUGAGCAAGCUCAAGAGGAUCAGGCAAAGUUGCUAGGGAAGGGUAAACGUCAUCGUAAACCCGUCAACUACUGGACAAAUCAACAGGAGGAGGAGGAUGAUUGGAAUGACAAUGGUAGUGACCACGACAGCAACUUCUCAACUCGAGAUGAGGAAGAUGACGAAUAUGAUGAUAAACUUGGAGCCGAUGGCUCGCAAAUCGGUCGUAGGGUGCGCCGUGAGCGAGAGGGUAAAAUGCCUCCCAUCCUCUCCCGUGUCAAUGGACAGAUUGAGGUUCUGGGCUUCAAUUUCCGCCAGAGAAAGGCUUUUGUCAACUCGGUUCUUCGUUUCGGCCUCCCUCCACCUCCUGGUGCUAGUAAAAACUGCCUUGAGGCAGCCUGGCAUUCGAGGGAUUUGAGAGGGAAACCAGAGAAGGUUUUCCGUGCGUACGUUGCCCACUUCCUUCGCCAUUUAUGCGAACCGGAUAGCAUGAAUCAAGAUAAUAAUCCCAAUUACCCUGAUGGAACCCCGAGGGAUGGUAUUCUGCAUCAACCCAUUCUCACGAGAAUUGGAAUCAUGUCGUUGGUGAGAAAGAAGGUGCAGGAGUUUGAGCAAAUCAAUGGUCUCUAUAGUAUGCCAGAACAUGCUCCUCAAGAAAGCGUGGCAUCUUCUAAUAAUGUUCCUGAAGAGUCGUCGCAGAAUAUGGAAGCAUCCACUACCGAAGGUGCUACUCCAAUUUCCCAGCCUCUCAGUGUCACUGUAGGAGGCAGUAGUGCUGUUCAUAGUGGUCCGAAUGGAAAUGGAUCGGAUGACACCUCAAAGGCAAGUGAUAAGACGGAGCCGAUGGUUAUAGGCGCUGGGGAAGAGGGUCAUUCGAUUACCGUCAAACCAGAAGCCGUAGCUAUCAACCUGGACGAAUCUGAUAAUAUUGAAGAGGGCAAAUUGACAAUCGAUGAAUCUCUCGGCAUUGCUGCAACGGAGUCAAAUGAUGUGGAAGCGCCACCAAAAUCGGAGCCAAUGGAAGCUGAAACCUCACAAAUUACACCACCAGCACCCAAAAAGUUUAUGUUCAAUAUAGCAGACGGUGGCUUCACCGAUCUGCACACAAUUUGGUUGAAUGAGGAACGUGCUCUAACGGAUAAUCGUGGUGGUGUUGAAAUUUGGAAUAGAAAACACGAUUACUGGCUUCUUGCAGGCGUUUGUCAACAUGGUUACGGUCGUUGGCAGGAUAUUCACAAUGAUCCCCGUUUCGCACUUAUCAACGAGCCUUUCAGUAUUGACCAGGGCAAACCUAAUUACUUGGAAAUGAAGAACCGUUUCCUGGCACGUAGAUUCAAGCUCCUUGAACAGGCCCUGAUUAUUGAGGAGCAGUUACGACGAGCUUCUCAUCAGAAUAUUGUCUGCGAUCCAAAAGAUACUGUUCAAAGCCUUAAUCGCCGCUUCAACGAGUUGGAGUGUCUUGCCUUUGCACAACAGAAAGUUUUCGCUGAAGCACUCUCGGGAAAUCGCUCUCAGAUUCAACUUAUUCAUCGAGCCUUGACAAUGAUGGAGGAUUACCUUGCAGAGAUGAAGCAGGACGUCUCGCGUCUCCUCACAAUAGUCCCAAGAAUGCAACCGGUUUCUGAACGUUUGAAUCUCAGCCAUGCCGGGUUGAUCACCAAAUUGACUCAACAGCUGACAGCCGCGAAACAGGCCAAAUUAGCCCAACAACAAGCCGCAGAUGCUGCUGCUGCUGCUGCAGCUGGAGCGAAUCCUGACACACCUGCCGAACCUGUGGUAGAAGAGAAGGCUUAG